ACGAUUUCCGCGUUGUAAUAAACGCCCAACAUUUUCUAUAAAUAUAAACAGUACUUAGCAGUUACUACAUUAAGUACCUCAUUUGACCGGCGGCACUUAGUUCUAAUUUUUUCCGGUUUAUUACAACAACAUUGAAAUGGCAGAAGGAGGAAUUCAGUCAAAGUAUGUAAAAUUAACAAAAGAUCAAGCACCUCUUGAAGAAGACAUUAAGCCUGGAGAGCUCAAUCAGCCUAUUCAUGUCCCUCAGCUAGUCGUUCACAAGUGCAACGAAUGUGGACAAGUUUUACCUGAAAGUUUUGAGCCUCCUGCAGAUGAGCCUUGGACAAGUGGGAUUUUUGGAUGUACAGAGGACAAAGACAGUUGUUGGACAGGACUUUUCUGCCCGUGUGUCUUGUUUGGGCGUAAUGUCGAGACCCUGAGAGAUGAUACUCCUUGGACUACCCCUUGUGUUUGUCAUGCCAUUUUUGUUGAGGGUGGCAUUGCUCUUGCAGUUGCAACAGCAGUAUGUCAUGGUAUUGAUCCAGGUACAUCAUUCCUCAUUGGUGAAGGCUUACUAUUUAGUUGGUGGAUGUGUGGAAUAUAUACUGGUCUUUUCCGGCAGUCGCUGCAGAAGAAGUAUCAUCUCAAGAAUUCCCCGUGUGACCCUUGCUUAGCACAUUGCUGCUUGCACUGGUGUGCGUUGUGCCAGGAGCAUAGAGAGAUGAAGAAUCGUCUGUCAGAUAAUUCUGCCAUGCCGAUGACAAUAGUCAAUCCUCCUCCUAUCCAGGAGAUGAAUGCUGGUGCUAGCGACAACCGUGAAUCUGUACCUUCCUCAACAAAUAACACCGAACAAACCAACCUCGAGAUGCAAGCUCUAUGAAAACUCCUCUAUUCUACAACAUAUUCGAUUUAGUAUGUCAGGUAGCAUAUACUUUUCAUUUUAGUAUAUCACAUAACAGUUGAAAGAGUUUUCGUGUGUGUCGGUUUCUGCUGGCACAGUCACCCUUGGAGCUAAGUUAUACAGGAAAAAAAAAUAAUGUCUUGGACUGCAGAGGAGUAGCAAAAUUUGUACUCUUUUUGUUUGUAUUUUAAAAGUCCAUUAAAUCUUCUUACAUCAUUGGUGUAAGUAAAACCAGCAGUAGGACCUGCUAAUAUUUCAUUUGGCAAUUUGACUUGAAAAAAGUGGUUCUUUGGGCUCCGCACUCA